GUGGGUGUUGCUUUUGGCUUUAGGGUUUCUCCAAUUUAGUAUCUCUCCUCCAAUUUAGUAUCAGCCAGCGGCCUCUCUCUUCUCUGUCUUUUGCAUUUGCUGACUCAAUCACACUCACUCCGCACCCUCGCUCAUCUGUCUUUGCCGUCGAUUACUCAGCCACCGUUGCUUUCGACUACGCAGGCACCGUCUCCGUCGAUUUCUUCCGCCCUCAUUUCCUAUCGGGAAUUAAAGUACAUUGGAGUGUGUUUUUCUCUUUCUUUAUUAGCUACUCUUUUCAGCGUCGAGAGACCGAAUACAUAUGCUGUCAGAUUUUGCUCUGUGAAUGGAGAAAUGCCAGGGUGGACAUGGCCUGACUCUCAUUACUCCUUAAAUGGAUGAAGUUGGCGGAGGAAGAGGAGGAGGAGGGCCUUGAGUCUUGUAGGAAGAGGUAGCUUAAGACACUAAAAGAUAAGUACAGGCUUCGUUGAGCUACUGGUUACGAAUGGGGUCCGAGCAGAACAGAUUCCCUCAGCACGAACGGGGAAAGAGAUGGGGUGGAUGUUGGGGUGCAUUGUCUUGUUUUCACUCUCAGAAAGGAGAUAAGCGCAUUGUACCUGCAUCUCGUUUACCUGAGGGCAAUGUUGUGACAACCCAGCCUAAUGGACCUCAAGCUGCAGGAAUGACCAACCAGGCUACAGUGAUAACUCCAUCCCUUCUAGCCCCACCUUCUUCACCAGCAUCUUUUACAAAUUCUGCACUCCCUUCAACAGUCCAAUCACCUAGCUGUUUCUUGUCGCUAUCUGCCAACUCACCUGGAGGUCCUUCAUCCACAAUGUAUGCUACAGGGCCAUACGCACAUGACACACAACUGGUUUCUCCUCCUGUUUUCUCAGCCUUCAACACUGAACCUUCAACUGCUCCACUCACCCCCCCACCUGAACUAGCCCACCUAACCACACCUUCUUCCCCUGAUGUACCUUUUGCUCAGUUCCUUUCCUCAUCAGAGGAUCUGAAAGGAACUGGAAAGGCCAAUUACAUUGCUUCAAAUGAUCUUCAAGCAGCAUAUUCUCUCUACCCUGGAAGUCCUGCCAGUAGCCUCGUGUCACCAAUUUCAAGAACCUCUGGCGAUUGUUUAUCAUCUUCAUUUCCUGAGAGGGACUUCCGACCACAGUGGAAUUCUUCAGCUUCUCUCCAAGAUGGAAAAUAUCCAAGAAGUGGUUCUGGUCGGUUAUUUGGAAAUGAGAAAGCUGGUACAUCUUUGGCAUCUCAGGAUUCCAAUUUCUUCUGCCCUGCUACAUUUGCACAAUUCUAUCUGGACAAUACAACAUUCCCUCAUACUGGUGGGAGGUUAAGUGUAUCAAAGGAUUCAGAUGUCUACUCGUCUUGUGGGAAUGGGUACCAGAACAGGCACAGUAAGUCUCCAAAACAAGAUGUGGAGGAAAUAGAAGCUUACCGAGCAUCAUUUGGUUUCAGUGCAGAUGAAAUUAUAACUACUACACAAUAUGUGGAGAUAUCUGAUGUAAUGGAGGAUUCCUUUACUAUGAGACCUUUUACCUCAACUAGUUUGUCAGCAGAAGAAAGUACUGAACCUCCACUGUUGGGUGAAAAACUAAAAUCCUCGCAUACAACUUUACAAAGUCAGAGAAGUAUUAAAUCAGCACCUGAGGAAACUUGCACUGAAAUGCCGGCAUUAUGCAAUGGUUAUAAAGACAAUAAAUUGCAAAGACAACCUGGUGACAUAUCAGGAUCAAGUACCUCAAACCAAGUUGAAAAAGACGUAUUCUCAAGGAUAGGGUCAUCCAAAAAUAGUCGCAAGUAUGAUCUUGGUUUAUCCUGCUCUGAUGCAGAAGUUGACUACAGAAGAGGGAGGAGCCUAAGGGAAGCCAAGGGAAAUGGUUCAUGGCACGACUAAGACAACCUCUCUGGAACGGUUUGCAGUAUGUUUGUGUAUCUGUUUUUCUGCUUUGCAAGGUUUCCAUGGAAUGUCUAACGUAUGAUCUAACCUGUUGUCUCCCUGAGUUAUGACCUGGCCACGGGAUGGAAGAACGAUUAUAAUUUGUGUUCUUUAUCGUGCCAAUUUAGAUAUGGAAUGGGUCAGAUUUCUGUAUUUGGUAGACAAAGUUGACUUUUUUCGAUGAAUUGUAUACGCUGUAUAAUCUGCUUGCCUAUUCUGUGCCUCAAUGUGUAUGUCCUGCAUUUCUAGAA